AUUAGCAAUUAUUCAUUGGGAAAAUUUUCCAUUAUAAAAUUCAAACGCUGUAUCUAAGUGUGUGAUAUUUCUUCUGUACUUACCCCAGAUGAACUUAUAUAUCCAAUUUUGUGUGGAACGAUUUUCAUUUUAAUUCUUUCGCAAACACCCACUUGCGUGUAUUUUCCUACGUUCAACUGUUUGCACACUCGCGUGAUAAAAUUCACUGCAUCGAACUUUGUUUCUUAGCAACUUGAUAACGAGCAAAAAUUCGCAAUUUCCACAAAAUACGAUAAUGUCGCGGUUGACGCCCCGUUGCAGAUAUCGUAACAGGUUCUCACGGCGUAGCGGUUACGAACGAAUUCUAAAUUAAUUCGAACAAUGCCACGAGGCAACGCGGUGUUCCUGGCCGGUUGCCGGUCAGCCGGAUAACGACCCUCGUUUCCCCGAGGCGCAGCCGGCCGUUCUGCUCGAUUUCAGAGCGUAAACCGUGUAGAGGUGUCGGUCGUAUCCAUAACGAACAAUUCACGAUGAAAAUAACUCUGCGAUGUAGUACAAUGGAGCCCCCGUGCGCGCCAACCGCGAGGAGACAGAGAGGCCAUGUAUGGUGAACGAUGGUGUGGCAGGUAGGUACCUUGCUUCACCGAGCCCCCUAUAGAGAAAAGGAAAGAAGAGAAAAAGACAAGCUGGCUUGAGAGAAAAGUCUCUCCCUCGAGCUGUUCCGCUUGAAACCAACGGCUUCCAUUCGCCGUUGAACUUCCGAGUCAUCGUCGAUUUAACAAUUAAUUAUCGUAUAAUUGAACGGCGAAGAAAGUGUUUGGAUGGAAAUGAUUCCAUUCAGAGAAUUAUUAGAAAAUUCACGGUCUGCAUCCUUGAUAAUCGACUACCAGAUACAUGUUUUAUGAUAAAAUUACAAAGAUAAAAAGGUUUCGAGCACGUUGUAGCUUCGUUGUCGGGCUUUCGACGAACCGUAUCGUAAGCAGAAAGAUCCGAUCCCAUCUAAUCGCACCAAGUUUGAUCUUAACUUCGAUGAGAUUACCGAACGAGGCACCUCCUUAAAAAUACCACACCGAAACACUCAUCGGUUUGCUUCGAAAAGAAAAGCAAAACGCAUUACGAAACUGACGUAGCUCGUUUCGCUUCGAACCGGUGGAGACAGUCCGGUUGCAACAAACACCAGGCGAGCCAGCCGCAUUCGGGGCCUGCAUUUAUCACGCGUAUGACACUCGGUGUACGCUGCAAACGAUGUAAGACUAAACGCUACACGCGGCGAGAAUUCAGUCCUUGAGACGGUAUCUCCUUACCUAAUUUCUUCUCUUCAAUUCUCUUCAAUUACAGAAAGCGAUGCUUACCGAUAUUUGCGUGCACGAUCGCCUCGAUACAAUCGAAAAUCGCCAUCGUCGAAAUAUCCUCGAUCGACCUACGGACCCCAAUAAGCGACCAAACGGCGCUGACAGACGCGUCCUUGGCUCGACGACGAGCAAUCGAUUUGCCCCGGAGAUAAUCGUCGUGCGGAGGAGAAAGUCGUGAAAGACCCAUUGCUUUCGAACACCCACGAUCGAUCCGUGAAUUUCAAGGCACCCACUGUGGACGAUUCAGAACCCCGUAUAACGAUAUUACCGAAAAUCGGUGGAGAGCGCGCGCGUCUUGCGACGGUAAAAUUCGCGGAUCGAGUCGAAAACGGACGGGGUACGCCUCCCGGGGACGAGUGCUUUUACCUCUGGCCGAUCGGGGCGCGACGUACCGCGCGCUGACUAUAAUAUCGAAUAUAUUGGAUAAUGAUAAAGCCGCGAGCACGUAUACCCUCCGCGCACGGGUGAUUGGUUAUUAGUUUUGGGACCGCGAUACGAUCUUAAUGGGAAUACUUAGGUGGGAGGCUCCGAGACAUUGAAGAUGAUCUAUACUCCGACCCGUGUACACGCAUCAGGACCGGCUGAUAGAUCGACCGACCCUAUUCGUGGACCCUACCGUGCUUCCUUCACCCUUCUACCCCUCUGAUUCCUUUUUUCCACCAACACACCGAUGAUCCGUAAACUUAUGCAUGACUACGUACACGCACACAUUCGUUGUGCACACUACCGGACACCGUGGUAUGGACGACGGUGGUGCGGCAACAGCAACGGACAACGGGCAACGGCAACCCGGCAACAACACAAUGCAGCCAACACUGGGACCGAUAAGAUCGGGAUCCGAACUGCUAUGUCGAGAACGCCCGCUGUGAUCCACGCCUUUUUUGCACGCAACCUCUCGACCGUGACAAACUACCCGUGUUAUGAGGCUAGAAAGUGUGCAAGUGUUACCAAGUUUUCAACGAUUUCCUCGUGUUCCGAAGACGCAACGACCAACAGGAUGCAGCGAACGCGCGUAAUAGCAGCGUCGACUUCCCAUAGCCUCGCGCGCCGAACGAUUUCUAUAACACAACAGGAACGCGGUGAUACCAAUCGCACGCAACGUCGUCUACGCCGCCCUGAUAGGAAUCCAACGUAGCACGCUUUUACGUGCACGCAACGGACACCCCAUGAAAUUAGUCCCUCCAGAAUCGACGAUGAAACGGUAAUCUGCAUGGACACGGGAUAAAUACCUUAUCGUGCGUCCAUCUAUCUAUCUACGCAGCGAAACGAGUAUGGGAAUGUUGCACGAGGGCAGCCGAUAAAAACCUCGUGCGUCAAAUCAUUGACACUCCUACACCAAGUAAGAAGCAAACUCCACCUAGCACACGACUCGACCAAAUGAUUUCUCCAGUACCCCGUACUAAUUUACACCCGUUAUACGGUCUCAGAAGCUCGGAUGGCGUCUGCAAACAGUGAGAAGAGUUAAAAAGAUACUCGCGACUGGCGGAAAAAGGUUCCGAAGAACGCAUACGCGUGGAAUUUCGCGUUAUCGUCGAAGAUGAGGUGACGGUCGUCAGUACGAGCACACCAAGCACCAACACGGUUCAUCCCAGCGUAAACGACAUGGACUGGUUUGCCGGUGUGGCCGAGGAGGAACUGCUGUACUACACGGGCGUCGGCAACGACGUCGAUUCUCUUUGGGCUGUGAUCGGGAGCUUCGUACCACCGCCGCCUAGACCACCUUAUUUACCCGAGGAGGGUGUUACCACCGACGGACUUACCACUUGUGAUUUGUGUUCGUGGGCGUGGAGGAACAACAGGCAUUCCUUUUCUCUCGACGGCACUCUCGAAGCUCCUGGAGAACUCGGAUGGGUGCUGACUCUAGUGAUAGUGUCCUUAGUAUCGGCUGGCAUCGGGGCUGUGGUCAUGGUGACUCUUCUUCACUGUCGAAGAUUGAAAAGCGCUGGUGGCAGAGCGAGUUGCUGUACCGUCGGUGUCGAGGAUUCGAACGCUCAAGAAGCCGGCGGCCCAGGUGGUGGAGGAGGAGCUGGCGGUGGAGUGGCCGUUAUACCCGACCGGCCGCCUCUCGAGCUCGAUAAACUGCCACCUUAUCACGACGUCGCUCCUAGCCCUGGGCACAAUGUGUGGUCGUGGUUAGGCUCGCGACGCGGCGGCGGUACACCGGGAGUCGUCACGACGCCUCUGUCGCUUCCGCAACACAGACGGGCGAUGAAUCUCCCUGUGGAGAAUCACUACACCCACAUGCAAACGGACGAGGCUCUCUACGCAGAACUGGACUCUCAGGCCGCGAGCUACGCGAGCGAUCUCCAACUACAAAUGAGAGGAAGCUCGACGUACGGUACAACUUCCGGCGGGCAGGACGACGAAUACCACGAGCUAGACGCCGCGAGGUUACAUCGUCAUUACGGUGGAAGCAACGGGGACGAAUCUUUGCAAAGGGACACGCUUCGUACACGUCACAGUAAAAGGUUACAAGAACCGGAUUACGAAAUGUACGAGAACGGACCGUCAACGCCAGUCCCGCCAGGUCAGAUGCAACAUCAUCAUCACCAUCAUCACCACCACAAUCAUCACCAUCACCAUCAAGACCUGCGGAUCGGUAGCAGAAACGGUGACCAUCCGUCGUAUCAAAACACAGCGUACACCGGAAGCGACGCUGAACCGGAUGGUCCAACUUUGAGCAGCGCGCCAAGCAGCGCCUACUACAGCGACCUGAGCUCGAAUUCGGCGAAUCAACAGAUGCCUACGGCGGCGUCUUCUGGAAGCAGCACGAAUCUGCAUCUGAACCAACAGGGUCUAGAAACCCCUCAGUAUCGUUUGGCCGCGAUAAACGAGAGUUCCGUGCCUUCGGACUAUAUUUAGAAUGAAAUUUCUCCACUGUGAAUUAACAACCAGUGAAAAGUUCUUUUUCGGAUAAUCGUGUUUCGAUAUCUUUCUCCACUUGUUGGAAUAGUGAUUCCGGAGUGUUUGAUCGCGAAGAUCGAAGACUGAAGCUUUGAUCUGAUGACGAUCAGAACUCAGGAAUAUCUGCGUGGAAUCGUGAAGAAAAUAGAUGAUCGAGUGUAUUACGUUGGAUCAAUGAGAUGAGAAGAAAGAAUUUUAUGACAACGAAAUUCGCGUCAUCAACGCUUUGCGUGAAACGAUAGUGCCAUAAAUAUUAUUUGACUUACAGUUCCACUUUCAUUUCACAUACUUGCAACUAUUCGUCGGCUCUCGACGGUCGAUACUGUCUUCAAGAAUACAUCGUCUGUUGCACUCAGAAGAGCAGAGUAAUUCUCGCGCUAUGUGAACCAAACUUGCGUAACGAAAUUUUAUAUUACGUAUAUAAUGUUGUUAUUGUUCUUCUCUCAGGGAAUGACCGUUCACAGAGAAAAUUAGUCUGCGGACUUAUUAAUGAUCUAAUACGUUACGAGUAUUAGCCUUAUUAUUGUAACGCGGCAACGGGACAAUAGAUUCGCGAGCGUUACUCGGUCUUCGGCAGUUUUGAUCUAUUGAUCGAAUUCGUUCGCGCACGCGAAACGAAAAGGUCUCCUCGAGAAGGCAACGGGAGCACGAAGCAGCGAAUGCACGAAACCGAUUGGAAUGAAGUCGUUUCGGGGAACAGGUGUUUCGUAAUUUGACGUUCGAGGGCUUUCAGUCAGCGCUCUCAACUACAUCCGCUUUGCUUUUGCAUUUCGAGCGAAUGGCAUGGACUGCUUCGAUGGUAUUCUCCUUUCUCUCCUGCACGAUAUCUUUUCUCCGCUGUUUCGAAAUUCUUGUACCUUUUUCAAAUAACUUCGACUCCUCCGAUAGAAAGAAUAUUUGCCAUUGAAUUGUGCGAAUAUUUCCGUUACAUUGCUUUGCAUUUUUAACGUUCAAUUUCUAAACUGAGAUUUUAAUAGGAAAUCAUUUUCACAAACUAUCUCGUACUAAUAUAAGAUUCUAAUAGUUACGUAUUAAUUUCCUUGAUUAUCCGGAUCAAUUUUAUAUGAGACCAAUGGAUAUGUUGAUAUCUAUAAACGUAAAACAUAAAUCAUAUCACGGAUUUAAAAAAUAAAUUAGAUAUUACAUCAUCAGAGAACUCGUUUCAACGAGGGCGACUGUUUCACAGCAUCGCGCGACAGUGUUCGCCACUGAAUCGUUAAACAGGAUUCGGACGCUCCGUCAGGCUCAAUCGUUUAUCUUCGACCCUCGUUCGACCGCAGAAUUAAUUCGUUUCACCCGAUUCGGCAGGACUCGUUUAAUCGACGCCGUCGUGUUCUCUUAAUUACCUUCCCUCGGACAGGCUCGAUUGUUUCUUCGACAGAACACGAACUGGAAGAGACGUUUUGCAUCGAGAUUCUGCACCGCGCCCGCGUUUACGUCUUUCAUUUGUAUCUCACCUGCGCCUACCUGUCGCCACGAGAUUACACUACACACCUUCCACGUUUACUUAUCGCGUCAUCCCUUUAACCAACGAAGCUCUUUUUUUCUUACAUUUAUGCGAAUCUUCUCGCAAGCUUUUAAUUAACAUGAAAACUUAAGCGACCAUUCUGUAAGUCUGAGUACAACGUCGUUAACAUAUCAUAGACGUUUGUGGUAAAAAUUCAUACUUUUACAAGUGCGAUUAAUCCUGUUGUACUUCUCAUUCUUUCUUCACGUUUCUUCAGAUAUCUUCUUUUUCUUUUGGAACACUUUAUAAAUGUAUAAACGUGCAUAGUUCAUUCAUUAAAAUAAGCCUCUCAGAAGCUAAACCUGUCACUUCUUGUGAAUUCUUGAAUUUCAUUACAUAAAUAAUAUAAUUGAUGUUCAAUUUUCAAAAAACAGAUGGUUUAACUCAUAAGAUCGCGUAUCACAACGAAAUGGUAUAAAUAACGGCAAGUUGUUACGUAGAUUUAAAGAAAUAACGUCCGUAACAUCAAUCUCUUGUACUGUUUAGUUUAUGAGAAUGAUCAGUGCGACUUCUGAAUGAUUCAAAUAAGGAAACUACCUACGCGAACUACACGCGAGAAAAAGAAGCUCGACAAGUAGAGAUAAGAGUAAUGCAAGUCAAGCGUCCAUGACAGUUGCCACGUUCACUGGAACUCCCGAAAUGCGAAAAGUACAUACUUUUUUUUCUCUUAAUCGUCCGUGUAUCCCGGUAAGCCAACGUAAAUUACGUCGGUACUACCGUGAGCUCAUAAAUUACCGCGGCCCUCCGGUUCGUUGUACACAAAGAAACGCGAUGUUUCGUUGGCCAAAAAACCAUUCCGCGGUGCGGAAUCAUUCACAGCUCUCUGCCACUUAACUAUACACACCGAAGAGAACGCGGAGCGUGCAACAACAGAUGCAACAAUGCACUGCCUCGUGGCCACGCAAUAAUUAAUUGCGCCCUCGCAGCCACAAUGGCGAUAGGGAGAGCCGACGGUGCUUGGCGCAUUAUUUCCCCGAAAAAAAUCCCACGAACGCGGCGCGUUGUCGGAUGGGUAGGCUCUUAUCGUGGUCGUGUUACGCGAACAGGAACGGUAUUAUGGAAUUCGUUGGUGCCUCCGCUUAAUUAAGGCCCGAUUUUCUCCGCCAGGAUCUUCCGCAUUUAAGCGACGAGCUUGUAUCGGUCAAACUCGCGAGCGAUUUGCAGCUGCGCACCAGCAUACUUUUGUCUCCUUGCUUAACAGUUACUUAGGAGCAUCUUCAAAAAUGAAGCGUACAAAACAACAAGCUUCGUUUACUUACAAUAUUUCCAAAAUUCAAUAUUUCUAGAAAUUCUUCGAACUAAACGAAAAUCUAUCCGGAAAAUGAUUAAGAACCUUAAAAGCGUAUUAUCGUCUUGGGCGACAGUAAGAAAAUCGACAGCGCAGCAGGAUCGUGAGAAUUUAUCUCGUUGAAUUGUCGCGAAUUUCUCGAUUGUCUCUUUACUCGAUACAAAGACGAUACGGAGAACGUGACGAAGCACGCGUCUAGGAUGCAGCGAAAGGAAUACGGGGUCGUAAGGACGUUCGGACCCGCCCUAGCUGAAUACACACUAUCUUCGCCCCUGCUACGGGAUAUAUAAAUUAUACAUGUAAAUAUACGGGCGUCCGGGCCGAGAAAGAUCGAACCGUGAGAUAUCGAGAUAUGUGUUGGCGACCCGCACACCUCGCCUCCUACUUUCACCUCUUUUUGCUCGUUUUCUACUCUCGUCCCCCUUCCAAAGGUUACGCUAGCACGCACGCAUAAACUCACGCAUCUACGUGCCUAUGGCGAAUACCUUUGUCCCCGCUGCCACCGAAACGUCCUUAUGCCCGCGUGCACGCAUGCCGUUCCCGCUAAUUCCUAUGCAUUUUUCGAAUUACCGGUGAAAUCACGGCAGACCCAGCGUUCCUCGUUCCCCGUGGCGUUCCCACACCGGAAAAAUGUUCGUGGAAUGAAACCCCCUGCACGGCUGAAUUGUUCGCCGGCUGCUUUCAGCGCAUCGCGUACUGUCCUCUUGAAACUCGAUUCGCUGAAAACCGCCAAGAGCUUUUUCACGAACGGACCAACGAAUUUGCGAAUAAAGUUUCUUAAACGAGAGCACUGUGAAUCAAUAUCGUUAUGUACAACCUGUAAGAAGUCGUUUAAUCGGAUACUAAGUAAAGUGUCGCAGAAAUGAAAAAAUUCCGUUCAAUCAUUUAUGUAAUAUUCUCUAUAAAGUGGUGCAAUACGGUGUGUUGAAACUCUUAUUGCGUAGAGAACUAUUACCGAUCGAUUAAAAUCAAAUGCAUCAUUACGAAACAGACAGUAAACUAGCGGUUUAUCUUGGAAACGCGAUUUCGAUCGCGACACUUUAAGGUACAAAUCGUGGAGAAUGGAAAAACUACGGUCGCCUUGUAUCGAUAUGAUAUUUAUACUGGUAAACAAAAAACUGGUAUUGAGAUUUUAUUGCACCAACGACAACGUUCCUGACACAAAUGCACGAUUUACUAUCGAAUUUGUAUUUUCUAUGUGAUGUGAUGUUUCUUGCCUAUAACUUUUGUAACUAUAGUGAGAGGAUAAGAUGUAAUAUAGCGAUCUAGCAAAGUUCAAUGCGAAAAAUAAUGUAUAAAAUCGAAACAAACGUGUGAAACUGUAAAAAUAAGAAAAUUUAUAAGUUGCUUGUAUUGUAAUUAAUGUUAAUCUUAUUAUUGACAUGAAACGGUGCUAAAAAUGAAUUGUCAUACUUGCGAUUAAAUUAUUUAUAUUUUCAAAUUUCUGAAAAGAUUAGAAAUAUUUUCUUCAUACCCUAUCAAAGUUGUUACAUGAAAAUAUCAAAUUAUUAUAAACUUUCAGGAAUUUUUAUUGUAAUGUUUGACAAUUCUACAGUACAACAGAGUAUUAAGUUUUCGUUUAGAAUAAGUGCUGACGCGACUUGUACAUAACGUGGCAAAUUGUAAAGAAAGAAAACUAUUUUAUUUUCAUGUAUAUAAUCGUGAAGCGCUUGUGUGCAUGAAUAAACUUAUUCUGUGCGCAAUUAAGUCGACUAUUGUGACCAAUUUUUAAAGGCAUUGCACUUUUUUGUAUGUAAGAAAUUGUACAGUGAAUAAAGACAAAUUCCAUAUCUACAGACAGCUUCUAUCAAUUAAUAAAUAUGUUUUGCGAAUUUUUUUAAAUUAUUACUAACAAAAAAAAUAACAUUACAUUACUAAUAAUAGUACAGUUAUUCUAUUACAAUUAAUGUGUUACGCGCAUUCCCGCCAGCUUCCAUCCGAUCAAAUAGAAAUCAACAUAAUUCCUAUAUUCGACUUAUUAAGUUGUGGAAAGCGUAAAAAACACUCCGAUUUUCCUCCAGUCGGUAUGUCAGAACCUAAUUCAAUUUAAUGUCAUAUCUAUACUAUUCUUAUUCAAUGGUCUGGAGCCUAUAUGUAUUCACAGACAAAGUACAUAGUCGGUGAUAUAUGCUCAUACCACAUAUGGGAUCACAGACGAGGUC